AUGUCAACGCAAACGAUAAUGUUUGAGAAUUCCACCCGAACCUAUUCGCAAGAAUUGGAGGAUCUAUUAACGACGCAACGAGAUGCCAGGACCAAGGAUUGGUUUUUGGCCGAAUCGAUGCGGCCGCUCUUGACCAUUCUGGGAGUGUAUCUGUUUUUCUGCAUUUAUGCCGGGCCGCGAAUAAUGCGCAAUCGUAAACCGUUCGAAUUGAAGAAUACCCUGAUAGUUUAUAAUGCCCUGCAAGUAGUGUUCAGUGUUGUGCUCGUCUAUGAGUUUUAUGUAUCCGGCUGGGGUCAUUACAAUUACAAAUGUGAAGCUGUGAGUUAUGGCACCGAUCCAAAAUCAAUGAGGAUGGCAAGAGCCGUAUAUUUGUACUAUAUUGCCAAACUUACGGAAUUAUUGGAUACCGUCUUCUUUGUGCUGCGCAAAAAAGAACGUCAAAUUAGUUUCCUUCAUUUGUACCAUCAUGCCUCGAUGCCAUUGGCAACUCUUAUUGGUGUUCAAUAUUUUGCUGGUGGUCAAGGCACAAUUGUCUGUUUGGUCAACUCCUUCAUUCACAUCAUUAUGUACGCCUACUAUAUGUUGGCUGCCAUGGGUCCCCAAGUUCAGAAAUAUUUGUGGUGGAAGAGAUAUAUUACCAUUUUGCAAAUUGUUCAAUUUGUUAUUGUCUUCAUUCUAACCAUACAAAUUCAAUUCCAACCCAAUUGUGGCUAUAACAAAAUCGUUGGCAUUGGCUUGACACUGAAUGCCACUCUUUUCAUUUAUUUGUUUUCCGCCUUCUACGUUGAAAGCUAUAAGAAAGAAAACAAAAAGAAAAUCGCCAAUGGCGAUGCUGUCCAAAAAGCUGCUGCUCUCAAACAGGAUUAGAU